GCAAAUUACAGGCGCACAAAUCAGAUGGGAAGUUACUCGGUGUGUUAUGAUUAAUUUUCGUACUACAAUGAAUCCGUCUGUAUCCACUAUAUCAAAUAGCACUUAAUUCUGGUGGGAUUUUGUAAAAUUACCUAAAUGUAUGGAAUUUUACUGUAGACUGAAAAUUAUAUCGAGUAAGUAAGCAAUUGAUACUUUUUGGAUGCACUUCGUAAAAUAAGUGGAAUAAAAGGUGAGUUAACAUGGCUUAAAAACAAUGGACACAAAAGGAAGCGUUACUUUUACAGAAUAUUAUUCUUCCUAUAGAGAGUGGUAUCCCUGACUCAGUUUUCCUGAAUUCCUUCUCAGGAUAGUAAAGAAUCAGAGGUAUUACGUGGGAUAAGAUAAAAUGCCGCUGUCAGUUACUGUUUGAAUACAAACGAACAAGCCAACGUGGAACUUUGUACAGAAGUGCAUAAGUCCAAGUUGCCAUACUUAGAAAACCCCCUAUAAGAUGGUUGUUGUUACUACUGAUGGCAAAUAUGAAUUUAAGAAAAAUUGUUGAAGAUAUUAGAAUAUCGGCGACAAAGAGUGGAUACGCCUGCACCAUUGUAAAUUGUCUUCAGCCAUCAUUUUUGUAUGCGAAUAUAGACAAAUUUAAAAUAUAUUGCAACAAAUAUGCUGCAAAUUUUAAACACGAAAUGCUACUUUGUAACCACUAUAUUAUUAUAGUAAUUUAAAAUUCAAAAUAUCUGAGCGUUAUUUGGUAUAUUAUUGGUUCUUAAGGAUUAUUAUAAAGCAGUAUGCAUGGGUAAAAUUGUUUUUCAUGAGUAACACCGGCAUUAUUUUUCUGACUUCAAAGUUUAAUUCAACUUUUCGAAUAUAACUCGUCACAUGUACGAUCCAUAUUAACUUAAGUUUUGUUCACUUUACAACUUCAUUUUUUAAGAAUUUAAAUAUUUUGAUGGCUUCUUUUAGUAGGAAAUGUCAGAGACUUUGUCUUUACUGAGCUGUUGUGCAUACCCGAAAGAGGCGGUUGAAAAUGAAGAGGUUGUAAAGUGGCAAAGAAAACGUAACAAGGAAAUAGAAAGAGAAUUAAAAAGGGAAAAAAAUCGUCUUCGUCGAAAACAAAUGAUCCUGUUAUUAGGGACUGGCGAAAGCGGGAAAAGUACUUUUUUGAAACAAAUGAAAAUUAUCAAUGGGAAACACUUCACAAAUCAAGAGAUUGAACAGUUAAAGGAUGUCAUUUAUGACAACAUUUACAAAGGUGUAUUAUUCUUACUGCAGGCAAGAGAAAGUUUGAAUAUCCCAUGGGCUGGUGGAGAUGAUUCUGUUGCUGCUCAAGCUGCUAGAGACAUUGAAUUACAUUUGAAAGAUACUCGAAUGACACGUCGUGAACGUGCCCGACUUGGUCAACCACUUUGGUUAGAAGAAGAAUUUCUGGAAAUUGUACCUGCUUUACGUGCUAUCUGGGCAGAUCCCAGUAUACAGACAGCUUUCGAUCAACGUUCAAAAAUAAUCACAGAGAAUUUUAGCGAAAAUACACGGUAUUAUUUGAAUCGUUUAAAUUAUAUUGGAGUAGAAAAUUAUCGUCCAACUAAUGAGGACAUAGUUUGGUCACGUAAACCAACAGAAUCAAUUAUUGAAGAAGAAAUAAACGUUCAUUCGUCAUUGCUUGUAUUUAUUGAUGUUGGUGGUCAAACAAAAGAACGUCGUAAAUGGUGUCAGUGUUUUGCUGAUAUGACUUCUGUCCUAUUCCUAAUUGCUUCUAGUCAUUAUGAUGAACAUUAUCAAGAUCGAUUGACGAAGGAAUUUCGAAAUAAACUACGCGAAGCUAUGAUCGUUUUUGAAGGGUUAAUUAACCAUAUCGCAUUUAGACGUGUUUCUAUCAUUAUUUUUUUCAAUAAAACUGAUAUCCUCAAGGAAAAACUUAAUGCUCGUAUAUCCAAUAUUCGUGAUGAGUUCCCCAAUUAUCCAUUAAAAAUGGAUCCUUAUAAUUUACAAGAUGUUCAAACAUGUAUGGUUGAAGCAUUCGCUUCUCUAAUUAAUCAUAAUUUACCUCCAGAUACACGUCUUAUGAAUACAUGCGGUCGUGCAAGCCUUUCACAUUCAUCAUUCAACAGCACAACAAGGCGGUCAUCGCUUCACAGGCAAAAUUCAGCGCCAGUAUCGGCUAAUUUAACAUACGCCGUACCCGUACGAAAACGUAUGAUCUAUCGUCACUUCACAACUGCUGUAGAUAGGCGGAAUAUUGAAACAGUAUUCAAUGCUAUGCAAGACACAGUAUUGCAUAAUAAUUUACGUCGUAUCAUGUUGAGUUGAAUACUAUAUACAUACAAAUCAUGUGCCUCUAUUUUACAUUCGACUGCAUCAUAUUUUUAUUCUUGAUUCUAUUCCUGAUGUUAACGCUUUUUGACCUCAACCAACAUGCAGUGAUAAAAUUAUGUACUUGAGCAAUAAAUACAAACCAGUCCAAUUAUUUAUCACUCAAGUUUCUUUUUUUUCUUCAACUAUUUGUAUGUGCCAAAUCUAAUGAUGUCUCCCAAUGAAAUGACAUGCCUUUUUUUAUCACUAAUUGAUAUUUCCUUCUAUAACCCCUAGUCGUCUUUCAUAUUACACAAACCGAUGUUACUUUCCUCUUGUCCCCUUUUUGCAACUAAUACCUAGACUGCAUUUGUUUACUCUCCAGUUUGACUUGAAUGCAUAUAAUACUUGUAUAUAUCUCCAUAAAAAUAUAUACUAAUUAUCCUUCAUACCCUGGUUUUCGGAAUAUGCAUCACUGGCCUUGCUUUUGUUUUUAGGCCUAGAAUACUCGCAAUCCUGUCAAACAUUUUGACAUUCUGGCUUAUCUUUUUAACUAUUCUUUUUCUAAAAAAUAUACGUGGAACUUACCAACCGAAGAAUUCCGUUAUUGUUGAUAAUUAUGUUAUCUUCUAAUUGCUGAAAAACUAUGCAACAAUUUGGUACCGUUACUCUAAGUCUCAUAAAGUGCAGUUUAUUCUCUAUUGAAAGCAUUCAUCUUUAAAGUACUUAUAAUAAAUUAUUGGACAGC